UUCCAGAUGCUUUUGAUAGCCAUCCAACGCCCGCACAGCAGCCUCUCGUGAUGUCGAUCACCCAUAUUGUUCUCUUCCAGUUUCAAGCGGGCAUUAGCCCUGAAAUUAUCAAAGAUGUUUGCAGUCGAAUGUUGGCCCUAAAAGAUAACUGCCUUCACCCUUCGUCCAACAAACCCUACAUCAAGACGUCAUUUGGUGGCAUAGAUAAUUCUCCUGAGGGUAUCCAGCAUGGCAUCACACAUGCCUUUGUAGUGGAGUUUACGAGUGCCGCAGACCGAGACUACUAUGUCAAGGAGGAUCCUAUUCAUCAAGAAUUCGUUAAGAGCCUUGCUGGGGUUAUUGAGAAGGCACAGGCCAUUGACUUCACCCCAGGGGUAUUCUGAAAAGAAGUAACUGAAGCCGAGGGUUACUUGAAUGGAUCCACUCAGCAUCUGAGCUUGUAAAUAGGUAUUACCAUUAGCUUUAGAUGCCUUUCAUGCUGUCAUCUUUAUCGAUAGAGAACCAAAGGCACAAAUGGAGCUGUUCGGUCUUUAAUGUAUCUAGUACAUAUUAGCAUAUCUGGCAAGUGGCAGCUAGCAUUAGGGCCGUUGCAUCUUAAAAAUACGAACAGCCGUGAUAGUGUAGAAGGACAAGGCCGGCAUAUUAUAA